UGAUGCCAAAGGGAGAAAUGUGUGGAGUGCAAAGCCGUCCAUCACUCCCUCUCUCACAGCCGGCAGAGCCACAGGAGCCCAUGCUGUCCUCCAGCACACCCACACACACACACUGAGAGAAGGGGAGAGAGAAAAAGGGAAGGAUUUUUUCAUUUCUCCUGAGGAGCUGAGCUGCGAGUGGCCCUGGUGGUAGGAUGGCGGAAGGAGGAGAGGGAGAGGAGGAGAUCCAGUUCCUUCGAACGGAUGACCAGGUGGUGCUGCAAUGCACUGCAACCGUACUGAAGGAGCAGAUCAAGCUGUGCCUGUCCUGUGAGGGCUUUGGAAACCGACUCUGCUUCCUGGAGCCCACAUCCAAUGCUCAGAAUGUACCACCAGACCUGGCAAUCUGUUGUUUCAUCUUGGAGCAAUCCCUGUCAGUGCGUGCCCUGCAGGAGAUGCUUGCCAACACCGUGGAGAUGAAUGAGGCAGUCGAUUUGGACAAAUGGUCAUCCCAAGGAGGGGGCCACCGCACUCUGCUCUAUGGCCAUGCCAUCCUACUCAGGCACAGCCACUCAGGCAUGUACCUCAGCUGCUUGACUAGUUCCCGGUCACUCACAGACAAGCUGGCCUGUGAUGUGGGCCUGCAGGAAGAUUCCACAGGAGAGGCAUGCUGGUGGACGAUUCACCCCGCAUCCAAGCAGAGGUCAGAGGGUGAGAAAGUCCGAGUUGGAGACGACCUCAUCCUGGUCAGCGUGUCCUCGGAAAGAUAUCUGCAUCUGUCCUAUGCCAGCGGGGACUUGAUGGUGGACGCCUCCUUCAUGCAGACCCUGUGGAACAUGAACCCGGUGUGUUCGGGGUGUGAGAUGGCUGAGGGGUACCUGACGGGAGGCCAUGUCCUCAGGCUUUUCCAUGGUCACAUGGACGAGUGUCUGGCUAUUCCAUCCGCUGACCAAGGAGAGGACCAGCGCACAACUGCCCAGUACGAGGCAGGUGCUGUUUGCAGCCAAGCCAGGUCAUUAUGGAGGCUGGAGCCCCUCAGAAUUGGGUGGAGUGGCAGCCAUAUGAAAUGGGGUCAGCCGUUCCGGGUGCGUCACGUAACCACAGGCCGGUACCUGUGUCUGGACGAGGAGAAAGGCUUGAUGGUGCUCGAUCCCAAGCGGGCUAACACCAAAAUGUCAGCGUUCUGCUUCCGAGCCUCAAAGGAGAAGUCAGAGGUGGCCCCGAAGCGCGAUGUGGAGGGUAUGGGCACACCAGAGAUCAAGUACGGGGAGUCCAUGUGCUUUGUGCAGCAUGUCUCCACAGGGCUGUGGCUCACUUACGCCGCUUUGGAUGCCAAGUCUGCUCGUCUAGGGACUCCCAAGAGAAGGGCCAUCCUGCACCAGGAGGGACACAUGGACGAUGGACUGUGUCCGUCCCGCUCACAGAUGGAGGAGUCACAAGCAGCCCGCAUGAUAUACAGCACCACGGGCCUUUUCACACAGUUCAUCAAAGAACUGGACUCCCUGAGCGCGAAGAACAAGACUCCAACACCACUGACUCUGCCCCUGGACAGCGUUGUCCUCUCACUUCAGGACCUCAUCCACUACUUCCGCUACCCAGAGGAGGACCUGGAGCACGAGGAGAAACAAACGAAGCUGCGCUCCCUUCGGAAUCGCCAGAACCUCUUCCAGGAGGAGGGAAUGAUCACCCUAGUGUUGAACUGUGUCGACCGGCUAAAUGUCUACAACACAUCUGCUCACUUUGCUGAGUUUGCUGGAGAGGAGGCCGGAGAGUUUUGGAAGGAGAUCGUCAACCUGCUGUACGAACUGCUGGCAUCUCUUAUCCGAGGAAAUCGGGCCAACUGUGCACUAUUUUGUGAUAAUCUUGACUGGCUGGUCAGCAAACUGGAUCGUCUGGAAGCUUCCGGAGGCAUUCUUGAAGUGUUGUACUGUGUUUUAAUUGAGAGCCCGGAAGUUCUGAACAUCAUCCAGGAGAAUCACAUCAAAUCCAUCAUCUCCCUUCUGGAUAAGCAUGGGCGCAAUCACAAGGUACUGGAUGUGCUGCGCUCUCUAUGUGUGUGCAAUGGUGUGGCUGUGAGGUCCAAUCAGAACCUCAUCACAGAAAACCUGUUGCCAGGUCGAGAUCUCCUGCUCCAGACCAAUAUCGUCAACUAUGUCACCAGUAUGAGACCUAACAUCUUCUUGGGUACAUGUGAAGGAUCCACACAGUACAAGAAGUGGUACUUUGAGAUGAUCGUGGACUAUGUGGAGCCCUUCGUGACAGCUCAGGCCGCUCAGCUGCGUGUUGGCUGGGCUCUGACUGUUGGCUACAGCCCCUAUCCAGGUGGCGGAGAAGGCUGGGGGGGCAAUGGCGUCGGCGAUGAUCUCUACUCGUAUGGCUUUGAUGGCUUGCACCUUUGGUCAGGGCACGUCCCUCGUGCAGUGGCCUCACCCAAUCAGCAUAUCCUGGCGGGAGACGACGUAGUCAGCUGCUGCCUGGACCUCAGUGUCCCUAGCAUCUCCUUCCGUAUCAACGGCCAUCCUGUUCAGGGCAUGUUUGAGAACUUCAAUGUGGAUGGGCUCUUCUUCCCUGUUAUCAGCUUCUCUGCUGGCAUAAAAGCACGUUUCCUCCUAGGCGGCCGUCACGGGGAGUUCAAAUUCCUUCCGCCCCCUGGUUAUGCUCCCUGCUAUGAGGCCCUGCUGCCUAAGGAGAGGAUGCGCAUUGAGCCUGUCAAAGAGUAUAAGCGUGACUUUAAUGGCAUCUGCAACCUUUUGGGACCCAUGCAGUCACUUACCAACACCUCUUUCACACCCUGCCCUGUGGACACCAUACAGAUUGUGCUGCCCCCACAUCUGGAGCGCAUCCGGGAGAAGCUGGCAGAGAACAUUCAUGAGCUCUGGGCUGUCACUCGCAUUGAACAAGGCUGGACCUAUGGAGAGUUCCGAGAUGACAAUAAGAAGCUACACCCCUGCUUGGUAGACUUCCAGAGCCUCCCAGAACCUGAAAGGAACUACAACCUCCAGAUGUCCGGGGAAACCAUUAAGACUUUGCUUGCACUUGGAUGCCAUGUGGGUAUGGGAGAUGAAAAGGCAGAGGAGAACCUAAGAAAGAUCAAACUUCCAAAAACCUAUAUGAUGAGCAAUGGGUACAAACCUGUCCCCCUGGACCUCAGCCAUGUUAAGCUGACACCCAACCAGAACACCUUAGUGGAGAAACUGGCAGAGAAUGGGCACAAUGUGUGGGCACGGGAUCGGGUUCGGCAGGGCUGGACUUACAGCAUUGUGCAGGACAUCAUGAACAAACGCAACCCACGUUUGGUUCCAUACAAUUUGCUGGAUGAGAGAACCAAGAAAACGAAUCGUGACAGUGUGUGCGCCGCUGUGCGUACCCUCAUUGGCUAUGGUUAUAACAUUGAGCCCCCUGACCAGGAGAGCAGUGGCCACGGAGUUGAAAGUGCCCGCGGGGACAAGAUCCGUCUGUUCAGGGCCGAGAAGUCAUAUGCUGUGACCCAGGGGAAGUGGUACUUUGAGUUUGAAGCUGUGACAGUGGGUGAGAUGAGGGUGGGCUGGGCACGACCCAGUGUCCGAGCAGACACUGAGCUAGGAGCAGAUGAAUUGGCCUACGUCUUCAAUGGCAAUAAGGCUCAGCGAUGGCACAUUGGCAAUGAGCCUUUUGGCCGACAAUGGCAGCCGGGUGAUGUGGUUGGCUGUAUGAUAGACCUGAGUGAGAUGAAUAUCAUGUUUACGCUCAAUGGAGAGAUGCUGAUUAGUGACUCUGGCUCUGAGAUGGCUUUCAAGGACAUUGAGGUUGGAGAAGGCUUCAUCCCAGUCUGCAGUUUGGGUCCCUCCCAAGUGGGCAGAAUCAACCUGGGCCAGAACGUCAGCAGUCUACAUUAUUUUACCAUCUGUGGCCUGCAGGAAGGUUUUGAGCCCUUCGCCAUCAACAUGAAGAGGGAUAUUACUAUGUGGUUCAGCAAGAGCCUGCCACAGUUUCUUCCUGUACCUGCUGACCAUAAUCACAUUGAGGUGUCUCGUGUGGAUGGGACAGUGGACAGCCCACCGUGUCUGAAGCUGACUCAUAAGACCUUUGGUUCUCAGAAUGCCAACACGGACAUGCUUUUCAUGCGGAUGAGUGUACCAGUGCAGUUCUAUGAGACCUUCAAGGUGCCAGCGGGGACCACACCCCUCACCCGUGCCCUCACCAUCCCUGAAGAUGAAGCCCUGGAGGUGGAGCCUGAUUCAGAGUUUGAGGUGUUGAAGAAGUCAGCUAGCCGCAAGGAGCAGGAGGAGAAGGAGCCUUCAGUCGCUAAGGAGGUUCCAGCUGUCAAAGGAGAGAAUGAAAAGGACGUCACCACAGAGAAGACCAAGAAGAGGGGGUUCCUAUUCAAAGCCAAGAAGGCUGCCUUGAUUACGCCACCUCCGGUGGUACCAACAGUACCUCGCUUGGUUGAAGAUGUUGUACCUGAUGAUCGAGAUGACCCGGAAAUUAUUCUCAGCACCACUACAUACUUCUACUCAGUGCGCAUCUUUGCUGGACAGGAACCCAGUGGUGUGUGGGUUGGUUGGGUCACCCCUGAUUUCCACCAGUAUGACCUUAAUUUUGAACUCAGCAAAGUACGCACCGUCACGGUCACUGUCGGUGAUGAAAAAGGCAACAUUCAUGACAGUAUGAAGCAUAGCAACUGUUACAUGGUGUGGGGAGCAGAAUUCAGCAAUAGCUCUCAGCAGGCCCGCUUCAGUCAGGAAGACCUGGUAAUUGGUUGUUUGGUUGAUCUGGCAACUGGCUUAUUGAACUUCACAGCCAAUGGGAAAGAAGUUAACACCUUCUUCCAGGUGGAGCCCAACACCAAGCUUUUCCCGGCUGUGUUUGUUCUUCCUUCCAGCCAGAAUAUGCUGCAGGUGGAGCUGGGCAAGCUCAAGAACAUAAUGCCCCUUUCAGCUGCCAUGUUCCAUAGUGAGUGCAAAAACUCAGUCCCGCAGUGCCCCCCACGGCUAGACUUCCAGAUGCUGACACCUGUGAUAUGGAGCCGCGUACCCAACCUCUUCCUCACACCGGAGGUCACCCGGGUGAGCGAGCGGCAUGGCUGGAUGGUGGAGUGCACUGAACCCCUGACUUUGAUGGCCCUCCACAUCCCUGAGGAGAACAGAUGUAUAGACAUCCUGGAGCUUUCUGAGCGAAUGGACAUGCUGAAAUUCCACUACCAUACGCUUAAGCUCUAUUGCGCCGUAUGUGCCCUGGGUAACAACCGUGUGGCACAUGCCCUCUGCAGUCAUGUGGAUGAGUCGCAGCUCUUCUAUGCCAUUGAAAGCACCUACCUUCCUGGCCCACUGCGCAGUGGCUACUAUGAUCUCCUCAUCAGCAUGCACCUGGAGUCAGCCAAGCGUGCCCGCCUCCUUACUAAUAGGGAGUUUAUUGUACCCAUGACGGAAGAGACACUUAGCAUCAGCCUCUAUGGUGACAAAGAGAAAGGUCACGCCUUCCCUGGAGUGGGACUGACCACUUGCCUUCGGCCCAAGCCUCACUUCUCCCCAGUGGGCUUUAUAGGCACUGACCUGGAUAUUUAUACUCUUAGCCCCGUUAUUCCCCUACAGGUCAUGAAGAUCAAAGCCAUAAGCAUGCUGACUGAGGCUGUGUUUGAUGGCAGUCAAGCAAUGCGAGAUCCUGUGGGGGGUAGUGUGGAGUUCCACUUUGUUCCCAUUCUCAAGCUCAUCAGCACCCUCCUGAUCAUGGGCGUUUUCGACGAUGAAGAUGUCACGCACAUUCUAAAGAUGAUCGAUCCAAGCGUCUUCACUGAGGGUGGGGAUGCAGAGGCACCUGAGGAGGAAGAAGGGGGAGAGAAGGGGGAAGGAGAGGAGGGAGCCACCACAGAGGAAAGAGGUGAGGCAAAAGUGCAGGAAGAGGAGCUUGAAGGGGAGCUGGUGGAUGAGGGAGUGGGAGAUGAGGAGGAAGAAGAGUUGAAGAAGUUGGUUUCUGGUAAAGAGGAACUGGAGGAGGGCCACGGUGACAAGGAGGGAGAGUCGAAGGGGGAGAAAGUAGAUGGUGAGAUGGCAGCUGAAGAAAAAGAAAAAGAAUCUGGGGCUGGAGAAGGGGAAGCAAAAGAGGAAGACGCUGGUCCAGAGGAAGGACUUCUGCAGAUGAAGCUGCCAGAGACUGUAAAACUGCAGAUGUGUACACUUCUGCAGUACUUCUGUGAUUGUGAGCUGCGCCACCGUGUGGAAGCCAUAAUUGCCUUCUCUGACAGUUAUGUGAGGUUAUUGCAAGCCAACCAGAAGCAGCGAUACAAUGACCUGAUGCAGGCAGUGAACAUGACAGCUGCAGAGACUGCCCGCAAGACUCGCGAGUUUCGUUCACCUCCUCUGGAGCAGGUUAUUUUGCUCACAAGCUGCAAGAAUGUGUCAGAUGAUGAAAAGUGUUCAAUCCCAGAUGAAAUCCGUGAGACCCUCCAGAAUUUUCACAAAGAACUGCUGUCUCAUUGCGGUGUUCAAAUAGAGGAGGAGGAGGAAGAGGAGGAGGUGGAUACAUCACUUCAUGGACGGCUGCUCAGUCUGGUGGAGAAGGUCAAGAACUUCCGCAAGAAAAAGGAAGAAGAAGAACCUGAGCCUGAGGAGGAGCCCAAACCCAGCACCCUCCAGGAGCUCAUCUCACACACCAUGAUCCACUGGGCGCAGGAGUCCUUCAUCCAGAAUCCUGAGCUUGUGCGGCUGAUGUUCAGCCUGCUGCACCGGCAAUAUGACCCACUUGGGGAAUUGAUGCGUGCGCUGCCUAAGGCCUAUGCCAUUAAUGCUGUGUCCGUCCAAGACACCAUGGACCUGUUGGAAUGUCUGGGACAGAUCCGUUCACUUCUCAUUGUACAGAUGGGCCCAGAGGAAGAGACACUCAUGAUCCAAAGCAUUGGGAACAUUAUGAACAACAAAGUGUUCUACCAGCACCCUAACUUAAUGCGUGCACUAGGCAUGCAUGAGACUGUCAUGGAGGUCAUGGUCAAUGUCCUGGGAGCUGGAGGAGAGGAGAUCAGAUUCCCACAGAUGGUGACCAACUGCUGUCGUUUCCUUUGCUACUUCUGUCGCAUCAGUCGACAGAACCAGCGUUCAAUGUUUGACCACCUCAGUUAUCUGCUAGAGAACAGUGGCAUUGGACUUGGAAUGCGUGGCUCAACCCCUCUGGAUGUGGCAGCAGCGUCCUGCAUUGACAACAAUGAGCUGGCCCUGGCUCUGCAGGAGCAGGACUUAGAGAAGGUGGUAAGAUACUUGGCAGGCUGCGGACUGCAGAGCUGCCCAAUACUUCUGUCAAAAGGUUACCCUGACAUUGGGUGGAACCCCUGUGGUGGGGAGAGAUACCUUGACUUCCUUCGAUUCGCCGUGUUUGUUAACGGGGAAAGUGUUGAGGAGAAUGCCAACGUCGUAGUGCGUCUCCUGAUCCGGAGGCCCGAAUGUUUUGGCCCCGCCCUGAGGGGUGAGGGAGGCAGUGGUCUGUUGGCUGCCAUAGAGGAUGCUAUCAAAAUCUCUGAGGACCCAGCCAGGGAUGGGCCAACACCCAAGAAGGACAGGCGCUUCAUGUUUGGAGGGGAGCAACAAGAGGAGAACAGAGUGCAUCUUGGGAAUGCUAUCAUGUCCUUCUACUCAGCUCUCAUUGACCUUCUUGGGCGUUGUGCUCCUGAGAUGCAUCUGAUCCAGGCUGGCAAAGGAGAGGCCUUGAGGAUUAGGGCGAUUCUAAGAUCCCUGGUGCCCAUUGAGGACCUGGUGGGUGUUAUCAGCCUGCCUAUUCAGAUUCCAGCCUUUGGGAAAGAUGAGAGCAUAGUUGAGCCAAAGAUGUCAGCCAGCUUUGUGCCAGACCACAAGGCAUCCAUGGUGUUAUUCCUGGACAGAGUGUAUGGCAUUGACAAUCAGGACUUCCUGCUGCAUGUGCUAGAGGUGGGGUUCUUGCCAGACAUGAGGGCAGCUGCCUCGCUUGACACGGCUGCCUUCAGCACCACUGAGAUGGCACUGGCCCUAAACCGCUACUUGUGCUCAGCUGUGCUGCCACUAGUCACCAAGUGUGCCCCGCUGUUUGCUGGCAGCGACCAUCGUGCCAUCAUGAUUGAUUCCAUGCUGCACACGAUCUAUCGGUUGUCCCGUGGUCGUGCCCUCACCAAAGCCCAGAGGGACAUCAUCGAGGAGUGCCUCAUGUCUCUGUGCAAGUACCUUCGCCCAUCCAUGCUGCAACACCUGCUGAGGAGGCUGGUGUUUGAUGUGCCCAUACUCAAUGAGUAUGCAAAGAUGCCACUUAAGCUUUUGACCAACCAUUACGAGCGUUGCUGGAAGUACUAUUGCCUACCUAAUGGCUGGGCCAACUUUGGCGUUUCUUCAGAAGAGGAGCUGCAUCUCUCACGAAAGCUCUUCUGGGGGAUCUUUGAGUCACUGGCACAUAAGAAAUUUGAUGCAGAGCUCUUCAAGAUUGCCAUGCCAUGCAUCUGUGCCAUUGCUGGUGCCAUACCUCCAGACUAUGUGGACGCCAGCUACUCGCACACUGAAAAGAAAGCAUCUGUAGAUGCUGAGGGCAACUUUGACCCCAGACCUGUAGAAACCACCAACACCAUUAUCCCAGAGAAGCUGGAUGCUUUCAUUAACAAAUAUGCAGAGCACACACAUGACAAAUGGGCAUUUGAAAAGAUCCAAAAUAACUGGACGUAUGGAGAGACGCUUGAUGAGAAUGCCAAGACUCAUCCCAUGCUCAGACCAUAUAAGACUUUCUCUGAGAAGGACAAGGAGAUCUACCGCUGGCCCAUUAAAGAGUCAAUCAAAGCCAUGCUUGCCUGGGAGUGGAACCUGGAGAAGGCCAGGGACGGUGAUGAGGAGAAGACAGAGAAGAAAACCCGCAAAAUAUCACAAACAGCACAGAUGACCUAUGACCCCAGCCAUGGCUACUCCCCACAACCCAUCGAUAUUUCUGGCAUGGCAAUCUCACGAGAGCUCCAGUCCAUGGCUGAGCAGUUAGCUGAGAACUACCACAAUACAUGGGCCAGGAAGAAGAAGCUGGAGCUGCAGGCCAAAGGCGGUGGUACUCAUCCCUUGCUUGUGCCUUAUGACACCCUCACUGCCAAGGAGAAGGCUCGUGAUCGAGAGAAGGCCCAGGACCUGCUGAAAUUUCUUCAGCUUAAUGGAUAUGCUGUCACAAGGGGGCUGAAAGACAUGGAACAAGAUAUCUCCUCUAUUGAAAAGCGGUUUGCCUACGGCUUCUUGAAAAAAUUGCUGAAGUGGCUGGACAUCGCACAGGAGUUUAUUGCACAUUUGGAGGCUGUGGUGAGCAGUGGAAGGGUGGAGAAGUCACCGCAUGAGCAGGAGAUCAAGUUCUUUGCCAAGAUUCUACUACCUUUGAUAAACCAGUUCUUUAAGAACCACUGCCUGUACUUCCUAUCUACACCUGCCAAGCUGCUGGGCAGUGGGGGUCACUCAUCCAACAAGGAGAAAGAGAUGAUUGCCAGUAUCUUCUGUAAAAUGGCUGCUUUGGUGAGACACAGAGUUUCUCUCUUUGGUACCGAUGCUGCUGCUGUAGUCAACUGUCUACACAUACUGUCGCGAUCACUGGAUGCUCGGACAGUGAUGAAAUCUGGCCCUGAGAUUGUGAAAGCAGGACUACGUUCCUUCUUUGAGAGUGCUGCAGAUGACAUUGAGAAGAUGGUAGAGAACCUAAAGCUGGGCAAAGUUUCCAGCCGUAAUCAGGUGAAAGGGGUGUCACAGAACAUGAACUACACUACAGUAGCCUUGCUACCUGUGCUCACCUCCCUGUUCGAUCACAUUGCGCAACACCAGUUUGGAGAUGAUGUCAUCCUGGAUGACUUGCAGAUCUCAUGUUAUCGGAUCAUGUGCAGCAUCUACUCUGUGGGCACAAUCAAAACUCCACAUAUGGAAAAACAUAGGCCAGCUUUAGGGGAGUGUCUGGCUCAUUUGGCUGCUGCCAUGCCGGUGGCCUUUGUGGAACCUUACUUCAAUGAAUUUAAUGCCUACUCCGUCUACACCACAAAGACCCCACGGGAGCGAGCCAUCCUUGGCCUGCCCAACCAUGUCAAGGAGCUCUGUCCAGACAUCCCGGAAUUAGAUGCCCUAAUGAAAGAGAUCAGAGACUUGGCAGAGUCUGGUGCACGUUACACUGAAAUGCCACAUAUCAUUGAAGUCACCCUGCCCAUGCUGUGCAACUAUCUACCACGCUGGUGGGAGAGAGGUGUGGAGAAUUUCCCUGAACAAGAAGGCCAACUGUGUACAGAGGUCACUUCUGAGCACCUCAAUCAACUGUUAGGAAGCAUUAUGAAGAUCGUGGUCAACAACCUGGGCAUUGAUGAGGCUUCCUGGAUGAAGAGGCUGGCUGUGUUCACGCAGCCCAUUGUAAGCAGAGCGAAACCAGAGAUGCUGAAGUCCCACUUCAUUCCCACCAUGGAGAAACUGCGGAAGCGCUGUGGAAAGGUGGUGGCAGAGGAAGAUCAGAUGCGUAUGGAAGGCAAGAUGGAGUCGGACAGCGAGCAGAGCACAAUACGGGAUGAAUUUGCUGUGCUUUGCAGGGACCUGUAUGCCCUCUACCCAUUGCUCAUCCGAUAUGUGGACAACAACAGGGCAAGGUGGCUUACCUGUCCAGAUCCAGAUGCAGAAGAUCUCUUCAGAAUGGUGGGAGAGGUCUUCAUCUUUUGGUCAAAAUCUCACAACUUUAAGCGAGAGGAGCAGAACUUCGUGGUGAUGAACGAAAUAAACAACAUGUCCUUCCUCACUGCUGACAGCAAGAGCAAAAUGAGCAAGGCCGGGGAUGCAGAGGGCAGUGGCUCAGAUGUGGAGCGCAAUAAAAAGAAGCGUCGUGGGGACCGAUACUCGGUGCAGACAUCGCUCAUCGUAGCUGCUUUGAAAAAGUUGCUGCCCAUCGGCCUCAACAUGUGCUCCCCUGCCGACCAAGAGCUCAUAAACCUGGCCAAAGUCCGAUACUCUCUGAAAGACACAGAUGAGGAGGUCAGGGAAUUCCUGCAAAAUAAUCUUCAUUUUCAGGGCAAGGUGGAGGAUCCUUCCAUGCGCUGGCAGAUGGCACUGUACAAGGAGGCGGCGGGAAAAGCUGAAGAUGCUGAUGCCCCAGAGAAGGUGGUCAAGAGGGUGCAGGAGGUGUCUGCCGUGCUCUAUCACAUCGAUUUGACAGAGCAUCCCUUCAAGUCGAAGAAAAUGGCGUGGCAUAAACUUCUGUCCAAGCAGCGUCGCCGGGCCGUUGUGGCAUGCUUCAGAAUGACGCCUCUCUAUAACAUUCCAAGGCACCGGGCCUCCAACAUGUUCCUGGAUGGAUACAAGCGCAACUGGAUUGAGAACGAGGGAUACUCAUUUGAGGACAAAAUGAUAAACGACCUAUCUCAAGCCAUGGAACAAGAGGAGGAGGAGGAAGAAGAGACAGAAACCAAGCCAGACCCCCUUCAUCAGCUCAUUCUUCACUUCAGUCGUACUGCUCUGACUGAAAAGAGUAAACUAGAUGAAGACUAUCUAUAUAUGGCUUAUGCUGAUAUCAUGGCAAAGAGCUGUCACAUUGAUGAGGAGGGCAAAGAGGAAGAAGAGGCCGAAGAGAUGACCUUUGAGGAAAAAGAGAUGGAAAAACAGAGACUCCUGUACCAGCAGUCCAGGUUACACAACCGUGGGGCAGCAGAGAUGGUCCUGCAGAUGAUCAGUGCCUGCAAAGGUGAGCCAGGGGCAAUGGUUUCCUCCACUCUGAAGCUGGGCAUCUCCAUCUUGAAUGGUGGGAAUAGUGAUGUACAGCAGAAAAUGCUGGACUAUCUCAAAGACAAGAAGGAUGUGGGCUUUUUCCUGAGUGUGCAGGCCCUGAUGCAGACCUGCAGUGUUCUAGACCUGAACGCCUUCGAACGACAGAACAAAGCAGAGGGGCUGGGGAUGGUGUCAGAGGAGGGCACAAACAUAAAGCUAGAGCGUGAAGAGAAAGUCAUGGCGGACAACGAGUUUACCUGCGAUCUCUUCCGCUUCCUGCAGCUACUUUGUGAGGGCCACAAUAAUGACUUCCAGAAUUACCUGCGAACACAGACGGGCAGCACUACCACCAUCAAUAUUAUAAUCUGCACUGUGGACUACCUGCUGCGAUUGCAGGAGUCCAUCAGUGACUUCUACUGGUAUUACUCUGGAAAGGACAUCAUUGAUGAGCCAGGCAAGAGGAACUUUUCAAAAGCCAUGACAGUGGCAAAACAGGUCUUCAACAGCCUGACUGAAUACAUCCAGGGCCCAUGCACAGGCAACCAGCAAUCCCUGGCCCACAGCAGGUUGUGGGAUGCUGUGGUUGGCUUCUUGCACAUUUUCGCUCACAUGAUGAUGAAGCUAGCGCAGAUGCACCCCGAUCCUGGACAACGAACUGCAGAUCAUUUCUGGAAUCGAUCACACUCUGAGGAUUCCAGUCAGAUUGGUCUAUUGAAGGAGCUGCUGGACCUUCAGAAAGACAUGGUGGUAAUGCUGUUGUCUCUACUGGAGGGCAACAUUGUAAAUGGAACCAUUGCACGCCAGAUGGUGGAUAUGCUGGUAGAAUCAUCCAGCAAUGUGGAGAUGAUCCUCAAGUUCUUUGACAUGUUCCUGAAACUCAAGGACAUUGUAGCUUCAGAUGCAUUCCGUGACUACGUGACUGACCCCCGUGGAUUGAUCUCAAAGAAAGACUUCCAGAAGGCCAUGGAUAGUCAAAAACAGUAUUCACCAUCAGAGAUCCAGUUCCUGUUGUCUUGCUCAGAGGCUGACGAGAAUGAAAUGAUCAACUUUGAAGAGUUUGCUGAUCGCUUUCAAGAACCUGCCAAGGACAUUGGCUUCAACAUUGCAGUGUUGCUGACUAACUUGUCAGAACAUGUUCCCCAUGAUUCCCGGCUGCAGAACUUCCUAGAGCAGGCAGAGAGUGUGCUGAAUUACUUCCGUCCCUUCCUAGGCCGUAUCGAGAUCAUGGGUGCCAGCAAGAGGAUAGAACGUAUCUACUUUGAAAUCAGUGAGGUCAACCGCACCCAGUGGGAGAUGCCCCAGGUGAGAGAGUCUAAACGACAGUUCAUCUUUGACGUGGUCAAUGAGGGUGGUGAGUCUGAGAAGAUGGAACUCUUUGUCAAUUUCUGUGAGGACACCAUCUUUGAGAUGAACAUUGCUGCACAGAUUUCGGAGCAAGAGGAAGAGGAAAAGGAUGAUGAUGAUGAGGAAGAAGGUGCAGGGGAGGGUGGUGAAGAAGGUAGUGGAGAGGGGGAGGGGGAGAAUGGAGAAAAAGCACCUCCAGAAUCUACCUCCGCCUUUGCAGACUUCAUAAACAGUGUAAUCAGCUUCUUUGGGAUGUUCACUUUCCGCAACCUGCGCAGACAGUACCGGCGGAUCCGGAAGAUGACUGUGAAAGAGAUGGUAGUCGCAUUGGCCACCUUCUUCUGGACCAUCUUUAUAGGCAUCCUACAGUUCAUCUACAGUAUCUGCAGGGGGUUCUUUUUGCUUGUGUGGAAUACACUCUUUGGGGGUCGUCUUGUAGAGGGAGCUAAGAAAAUGACAGUAACAGAAAUCCUGGCCAGCAUGCCGGACCCUACACAGGAUGAGGUGCAUGGAGAUUUACCUGCUGAGCCUGGGGCAAGGGUGGAACAAGAGGCUGGUGGAGUUGCAGACCUAAUGGAAGGGGGUGGAGUUGAAGAGGAGGAACAGGAGACCAAGGAGAAAGAAGGAGGCCGAAUUCCAGGCUUUGAUACCCCUGGCGGCCUUGGUGACAUGGGGGAGCCUGCUACUGUUGAACCCCCCACUCCAGAAGGUUCUCCAAUAACCAAGAGGAAAUUGCUGGAUUCUGACGAAGGUGGGGCUGAACAAGAAGUCACGGAAGAAGCACCACCUGAACCUGAGAAGGCUGAUGCUGAAAAUGGAGAGAAGGUUGAAAAGGAGGCUGAGGCUGAGCCUGAAGCUGAGCCAGAGCCAAAAGCUGAGGAACCAGAGAAAGAAGAGGAACAGACAGAGAAGGUCAAAACUAAGAAAGACAAGAAGUCAGAGACAGAGGAUGGCUUUGAGCUCUGGAAUGAGUUGGAAAUCCAGAGGAAUAAAUUCAUGAACUACCUGUCCCGCAACUUCUACAACCUACGUUUCUUGGCUCUCUUUAUUGCCUUUGCCUUGAACUUCAUCCUGUUGUUCUAUAAGGUGUCGGACAGCCCUCCUGGCGAGGAAGAUUUUGAGGGUUCAGCCAUGUUUGAGGGCUCAGCGAUGUUUGAAGGCUCUGGGGGUGAGGCAGAAGGAUCUGGGAUGGAAGAUGGAGAUGAAGAAGAUGAGGAAAAUGGUGUGGUGUACUACUUCCUGGAGGAGAGUACUGGCUACAUGGAGCCAGCUCUAGCUUUUCUUGGUAUUGUACACACUAUCAUCUCCUUCCUCUGCAUCAUCGGCUACAACUGUCUCAAGGUUCCUCUGGUCAUUUUCAAAAGGGAGAAGGAACUGGCUCGGAAAUUAGAGUUUGACGGUGUGUAUGUGACAGAGCAGCCUGAGGACGAUGACAUUAAAGGCCAGUGGGAUCGUCUGGUUCUCAACACACCGACCUUCCCAAACAAUUACUGGGACAAAUUUGUGAAGAGAAAGGUGCUGGAAAAAUAUGGGGACAUCUACGGCAGAGAAAGGAUUGCUGAGCUUCUCGGCAUGGACUUGGCUUCGCUGGAUGUCAGCACUCAACAGCAGAAAAAACCAAAGCCUGAUAAUUCUGUGUUUACCUGGAUCACUUCCUUUGACAUCAAAUACCAGAUCUGGAAGUUUGGAGUUGUGUUCACAGACAAUACUUUCCUGUACCUGGUGUGGUACCUGGUGAUGUCCCUCCUUGGCCACUAUAAUAACUUCUUCUUUGCUGCUCACCUGCUGGACAUUGCUAUGGGUGUUAAGACUCUGCGCACUAUCCUGUCCUCUGUCACCCACAACGGCAAGCAGCUGAUGAUGACUGUGGGCUUGCUGGCUGUGGUUGUGUACCUCUACACUGUGGUAGCCUUCAACUUCUUCCGGAAGUUCUACAACAUGAGUGAGGAUGAGGAUGAGCCAGACAUGAAGUGUGAUGACAUGAUGACGUGCUACCUAUUCCACAUGUAUGUGGGGGUGCGUGCUGGAGGAGGCAUAGGAGAUGAGAUUGAGGAUCCUGCAGGAGAUGAGUAUGAGCUAUACCGGGUGGUCUUUGACAUCACCUUCUUCUUCUUUGUGAUUGUAAUCCUGCUGGCCAUCAUCCAGGGUCUGAUCAUUGAUGCUUUUGGGGAGCUGAGAGACCAGCAGGAGCAGGUCAAAGAAGACAUGGAGACCAAGUGCUUCAUCUGUGGGAUUGGGAGUGACUACUUUGACACCACUGCUCAUGGAUUCGAGACGCACACCAUGGAAGAACACAAUCUGGCCAAUUACAUGUUCUUCCUGAUGUACUUAAUCAAUAAAGAUGAAACUGAGCACACAGGACAGGAGUCCUAUGUCUGGAAGAUGUACCAGGAGCGGUGCUGGGAUUUCUUCCCAGCUGGGGACUGUUUCAGGAAGCAGUAUGAGGAUCAGCUGGGAUAACUCUGUGCUCCACAUCUGCACGUGUGUGUUUGUGUGAGAGAGACUGAAAGACACUACAGCAAAGCACAGAUGGAAUUUCGGCUUGUGUGCAUCGGUCAAGUGUCACACCUUGACGUUGUCACAGGAACGCACACACGUGCACAUGCAUGCAUGCACAGAGACCAGCAAUCGCAUGUGGACCCCAGCAGUUUUGACUAAAAAUGUAAUAGGAAGUGGAUGAUUGAGUGAAUGAGAAAUAUUAAUAACAGAGAGAUGAAUGGAACGUACAAAAAUUAUUUAUAUUACUGUAAAUACACUUUAUGGCCUUCCUUGUAUAUAAGAAUGUUGGAAUGAAGACACAAAGAUUGGUGUAAGAAUGCCUGAAUUUAAGUGACCGCAGCUAUACUGACAAAAACACACAUUAACUCAGCACACCCUCUGAGUGUGUGCAUAUGCGUAUAAAGAGCAAGAAUGAAACUGUGUAAACUCACAUCGAAAGGAAUUACAGUGCCUAAAUCGGAGAUCACAACCAACAAAAACCCUUGUGGUGGGCAAGUGCUUCAUGGUUACUCUAAUUGUAAUUAUGAUCAACAUAUUUGGUACUAGACAUACUAAAUAUCUAUAUUUAAUACUUACAAUGUUAAAACAACAUUUAUUUGUGGCUCUACGUGAUGCCCAUGUGCAAACAAUUGGCUAAUGCUUCAGUUUGUACUAUUGCUAUGAGGUCGAUCAGCUCUCCUUAACAAAACCCUGAAAUCAGUGUGGUCAUGGGAGUGGCUGGGAGACUGAGCUGGGAAAAGGGUUCAACCCAGCAAGAACUUGCCAGUACUUGGGUGUUGAAUACAAGUCUGUGCAAUGAAAUAGAAAUACAGCCCCCAAAAUUAACGUGUCCCUCUAUCAUAUUUUACUAACAUGUUAUCAUUAUUUUUAUGUCCAUUAUCAUGUGUGUCCUAUGACUCUUUCAUGAAAUACCAUCAUAAAAAUGGAGUGUUCAUAUAACCCAACCACUCUAUAGUCUUACAUAGCAUUGGUUCUAUGCCACCCUAGAGACCAGAACCCUAAUGUGAAUUAACUAGAGGAUUGGCUACAGGGGUCAAAAGUCUUCCUCCAUACUUUUACUUCAGUUCUUGGAAAGCAAGAUUUAUGCUCUGUUUCUGCACUAUUGUCAGUCUUGAUCAAGUUGUAAGAUGUCCAGCAAGUUUUACAAAACAGAGUCUGUAUUUGCUUUACAUCACUGAAUACCUAAAAGCCCCCUUUCUCCCCUCUCUUCAGAAUAUUGAAGUAGGAAUGCUAGAAUGAAUAUGAGUUUACCUUUCUGGAGGAGUAAAAGGUGAAUAAAAACAAAGCAAUAUUUCUGGUAUGCAAUCAAAAGUUGUAAAACAAACUUUGGGGUUACCCGGUUUAGAAUUUUACUUAGUUGUUUUUAGAGAAUCUGUGGAGUACACUUUUCUCUGCAAAUGUAACAUGAAGUCAUGGGUGAGCUUCGGAUCUCACAAACCACCUCAGUUAAAAGUGUAGGCCACCAACACACAUGCUGUUACACACACCGGCUCCUUGUUUCAUGUUUUGUAACUUGUAUUCAUACCAUAUGUGAUUAACUGCUGUGUAUUUAUCUAAGCCCACAAAGGAUUUUUCCCUUGUCACUAAAUGUCUGUGUGAAUCGAAGACGAGAAAGGGGCUCGUGGCCUGUGGUUUACAGCGUAAAAAAACAUCACUGCUUCCUGAGAUCUGUGAGCCACCUGACUGAAGCCUGUGUUUCAAUACUGAGUAAACUGAUUUGAAUAUUUUAAAACUUGCCUUUUUGCCUGUUUAGUUGCGUUCCAUGUUGUUGUCGUCUGUCAAACAAUAAUGACACUGCACUGAUGUUCCACUAUGAUAUUAAAUAUAUUUCCUCAGUUCCCCUAACUGCCACCCCAGUCUAAGUGUGUGUGUCAGGUUAGUCUCUUAUAGUCCUUCCCCACCUUUGCUCACCACUACACACAACAGGAGUGCACUCACUCAUAC